UCCAGUAUUUCGGAAGACCACAUCCAAGGAGCAGAAUGAAGUGGUUAAUCUUCAUCUUAGUCUGUAUCCAGCUUUCUGAGGGUCUGCACAAAGUGCCUUUGUACAGAUGUAAGUCUAUCCGUGAGAUCCUUAAGGAGCGUGGGGAGCUGAAACAGUUUUUAGAAACCCAUAAGAGGGACCCAGCCUUGAAAUACCGGCAUCUCUUUCCUGGAUACCAGACAGAGGCUGCAGAUGAACCACUCCUGAAUAACAUAGAUAACUUCUACUAUGGACCUAUUACGAUUGGAACUCCAGCCCAAAGCUUCGAAGUUCUGUUUGACACUGGCUCAUCAAAUCUUUGGAUCGCCUCCAUCUACUGUGACAGCCCAACAUGCAGGAAUCACAACAGGUACAAUCCACAGCAGUCCUCUACGUUCAGCACCAACAAACAAACCUUUGAAAUAUUUUAUGGCUCUGGUAGCUUGACUGGAUUUUUUGGCUAUGAUACAGUGAAUGUUGCUGGAAUUUCUAUUCCAAACCAGGAAUUUGGCCUCAGUGUGACUGAACCUGGUACAGCCUUCUACUACUCGAAGUUUGAUGGAAUCCUUGGUCUCUCCUACCCCGCGCUUUCAGCAGGUGGUGCCACACCCGUGUUCGAUGGCAUGAUGAAUGACCAUCUGGUGUCGCAACCUAUAUUCUCCGUGUAUCUGGGCAGUGUUCCGAAUAGUCCAAAUGGCGGUGAAGUGACGUUUGGAGGAAUUGACAGCAGCAAGUACACUGGCCAAAUAGUCUGGGUCUCUGUGCUUCAGGAACUGUACUGGCUCAUCCCCAUGCAAGGUGUGCUUCUCAAUGGCCAAUCAACCUUCUGUUCCCAAGGAUGCCAAGCUAUGGUUGACACUGGGACUUCAUACCUCACUGCACCAAGUCAGGAGUUGACAGAACUGCUGCAAUACAUUGGUGCAACAGAGAACGAGUAUGGAGAGUUCGUUGUCAACUGUAACGACGUUGCAAACAUGCCUUCGUUGACAUUUAUAAUCAAUGGAGCAGAACUCACCAUCCCAGCUUCAGCCUACAUCAGGACGAGUUAUGACUACUGUUUUGCUGCACUUGAGGCAACUUAUCUGUCUGCUCCCACCGAUGAUGGACCAUUCUGGAUCUUGGGUGAUGUCUUCCUGAGAGAGUUCUACUCCAUUUACGACAGAGGGAACAAUAGAAUGGGAUUCGCUAAAGCUGUCUAAGAUGCCUAUUUCCAACUUGCCUUCAGUGUCUCUGGACGUAGAGAGGAUC